CAGCAUCCGAGCCACAGCACGGGAACCGGAGCGGCGGUGAGCGGAGGGAAGGCUGCACCGGAGCACGGUAGAAUUAUCAAGCACGGACGGUGCAUGCAACGGACACCGUCGUCGAUAUGAGCGCGGAGCUCUUCCACUCGGGCUCGGGAAGCUGAAGCACACUGCAGCCCGGUCACAUCGCGUAUUCUCUGGGAUAAGCCAUCGCUGAUACGACUGGGUGUACACGGCGAGAACCAACCGGUGAUUCCAUCGACUGCUAACCAGGCUAGCCGACCAUUUUCCAGAGCCCCCGUUAGCUUGCGGUGAAGAAGAGGAGCAUCUUUGCUUCGUGUCUGGCGGAUGUUACCGCGGGGGUUUCGCACCUGGCACUACCCAGCAGCGGGGCAUGCAAAGCGGACUGUUAUUCGUUUGCAAACGAGCGAGGAAAUCUCCACGCCCUGGGCUCCGCUCCGUGGAUGCUGUUUAAGCUAGUUCGCUGGCUAGCCAGGCUACCGGGAGAAUAGCUCGGGAGAAGGUGGGGCCGCGGGAGUGACAGCCUCGGACUCUAGCUAAUGUUGCUAGCGGGAUAACUUGGACUCCUCGGUGGCUCUCCAGUGGUAUAUUUCCCUGACACUGACAUUUUGGAGGGGAAGGGGGUUUGAAUUACCACCAGUGUGCAGCAGAACCACCAUUCAGCAAUAGAAACACGUUAUUAUUGAUUCCCCCUAAACCUCCCGAGGAGAGCAUCCUCCCUUACCUGCAUGACCAUGGCGGACGACGACGUGUUGUUCGAGGAUGUCUACGAGCUGUGCGAGGUGAUUGGAAAGGGUCCCUUCAGCGUGGUGCGGCGCUGCAUCAACAGGGACACGGGCCAGCAGUUCGCCGUAAAGAUCGUCGAUGUGGCCAGCUUCACCUCAAGCCCCGGCCUCAGCACAGAGGAUCUAAAGCGAGAGGCUAGUAUCUGCCACAUGCUCAAACACCCUCACAUCGUGGAGCUGCUGGAGACCUACAGCUCUGAUGGCAUGCUCUACAUGGUCUUUGAAUUUAUGGAUGGAGCCGACCUGUGCUUUGAAAUUGUCAAGAGAGCAGAUGCCGGGUUUGUGUACAGCGAAGCAGUGGCCAGCCACUACAUGAGGCAGAUUUUGGAGGCACUUCGAUACUGCCACGACAACAAUGUGAUUCAUCGUGACGUAAAGCCUCACUGUGUGCUGUUGGCCUCAAAGGAGAACUCUGCUCCAGUCAAGCUUGGAGGGUUUGGAGUGGCAAUACAGCUGGGAGAGUCUGGAUUAGUAGCUGGAGGCCGAGUUGGUACUCCCCACUUCAUGGCCCCAGAGGUGGUGAAGAGGGAGCCAUAUGGCAAACCGGUGGAUGUGUGGGGAUGUGGGGUCAUCCUCUUCAUCCUCCUGUCUGGCUGCCUUCCUUUCUACGGCACCAAGGAGCGCUUGUUCGAAGCCAUCAUUAAAGGCAAAUACAAGAUGAACCCCCGCCAAUGGGCCCACAUCUCAGAGAGUGCCAAAGACCUGGUGAGACGCAUGCUGAUGCUGGACCCUGCCGAGAGAAUCACAGUUUACGAGGCCCUCAACCACCCCUGGCUGAAGGAGAGGGACAGGUAUGCCUACAAGAUCCACCUGCCUGAAACGGUGGAGCAGCUGAGGAAGUUCAACUCUAGGAGGAAGCUGAAGGGUGCAGUCCUGGCUGCUGUUUCCAGCCACAAGUUUAAUUCCUUCUAUGGAGACCCCCCAGAGGAGCUACAUGACUUCUCAGAUGACCCCACCUCCUCAGGACUGCUAGCUGCUGAAACAGGGGCAGUGUCGCAGGUUUUGGACAGUCUAGAGGAGAUUCAUGCGUUGACAGACUGCAGCGAGAAAGACAUGGACUUCCUGCACAGUGUCUUUGAAGAUCAGCACCUCCACACCCUGCUGGAUCUUUAUGACAAAAUCAACACCAGGUCGUCUCCUCAGAUCAGAAACCCCCCGAGUGAUGGAGUGCAAAGAGCUAAAGAGGUACUGGAAACCAUCUCCUGCUACACAGAGAACAUGGAGGCUAAGGAGCUCAGGAGGAUCCUCACGCAGCCACACUUCAUGGCUCUGCUGCAGACCCAUGAUGUGGUUGCCCACGAGGUUUACAGCGACGAAGCGUUGAGGGUGACCCCCCCACCCACUUCACCAUACCUGAACGGAGACUCCCCGGACAGCACCAACGGAGAUAUGGACCUGGAGAACGUCACCAGGGUUCGCCUGGUGCAGUUUCAGAAGAACACUGACGAGCCUAUGGGCAUUACUCUGAAAAUGAACGAACUCAACCACUGUAUCGUGGCCCGCAUCAUGCACGGUGGCAUGAUUCAUCGACAGGGGACUCUGCAUGUUGGAGAUGAGAUCCGAGAAAUUAAUGGCAUCAGCGUUGCCAAUCAAACGGUGGAACAGCUCCAAAAGAUGCUGAAAGAGAUGAGGGGAAGCAUUACUUUCAAGAUUGUGCCCAGUUACCGGUCCCAGUCCAUGUCCUGUGAGAAAGAGUCACCAGAUUUGUCUCAACAGUCGCCUGCUAACGGUCAUGCUAGUGUCACCAGCUCCAUCCUGGACCUGCCAUCGACGAUUCAGCCCAAAGGCCGUCAGAUCUCCAGAACUACUACUAUCAAGGACAAAUUGUCCAUCAAGAUUUACGUACGCGCUCAGUUUGAAUACGACCCGACGAAAGAUGACCUCAUCCCGUGCAAGGAGGCGGGCAUUCGCUUCCAGGUGGGCGACAUCAUUCAGAUCAUCUCCAAGGACGACCACAACUGGUGGCAGGGAAAGUUGGAGAACACCAAGAACGCCACGGCGGGCCUCAUCCCCUCGCCUGAGCUGCAGGAGUGGCGUGUGGCUUGUAUAGCCAUGGAAAAGACCAAACAGGAACAACAGGCCAGUUGUACCUGGUUUGGCAAAAAGAAAAAACAGUAUAAGGACAAGUACCUGGCAAAGCACAAUGCAGUGUUUGACCAACUAGAUCUGGUGACGUAUGAGGAAGUGGUGAAACUGCCAUCGUUCAAGAGGAAAACACUGGUGUUGCUGGGUGCACACGGAGUGGGAAGGAGGCACAUCAAGAAUACACUCAUCACCAAACAUCCAGACCGGUUCGCAUACCCCAUCCCCCACACAACUCGACCUCCUAAGAAGGACGAGGAGAACGGGAAAAACUACUACUUUGUGACUCAUGACCAGAUGAUGCAGGACAUCAGCAACAAUGACUACCUGGAGUACGGAAGCCACGAGGACGCCAUGUAUGGAACCAGGCUGGAGACCAUCAGGCAGAUCCAUGCACAGGGCAUGAUCUCCAUCCUGGACGUUGAACCACAGGCACUAAAGAUCCUCAGGACUGCAGAGUUUGCUCCCUACGUCGUCUUCAUCGCAGCUCCCACCAUCACCCCAGGCAUGACCGAGGACGACUCUCUGGAGCGGCUCCAGAAGGAAUCGGAGAUGCUGCAGCACACCUACGCUCAUUACUUCGACCAAACCAUCAUCAACAACGAGAUCGACGACACCAUCCGCCUGCUGGAGGAGGCCGUCGACCUGGUGUCCACCACCUCUCAGUGGGUCCCCGUCUCCUGGGUCUACUGACACGCGAUGGACGGCGACCGGCUCAUCACCCCCCGAACCUCUGAUCCGACACGGAUGGUAAACUUUGAUCAGUUCCCCCUCGAGUCACGUCUCUCUCAUCAGGACCAUAACAUUUCCUCUGUAGAUAAACUCGUUGAAAAAGAGGGAAAUGAAGAAACUCUGAACUCUGGUGACGCCUCACGACAGAGACUUGAUCCUGCCCCUUGCCACUUUUUCUCAACAGCCUGAAAGGCGUAUUGUUGUGUACAUAUAUACAUAUAUAUAUAUAUAAAUGAUAAAAACAUAAGUGAAUAUGUUUCUGUCCUCCUAUAGUUGAAGGGUGAGGAGUGUGUGGAGGGGCAGUGUGGUAGAUAUUUUGUACUUUUCUUUUGUAAUCGAUGGAUGGCUGGUACUAGUGGAGGCAAUAGCAAGCAUGACCAUGAAGCAGUCUUAUGUGGGUGCCUGUGUAUGUGGGUGCCUGUGUGUGCGUGGACCUUUAAGGCACUUCUCGUGGUACUGUGUCCUCCUCCUCUCCGACAUCCCACCCCCCCCCGACCUCGGCCCCUGUGACCAACAAGCCGAACUCUGAAGCACAUCGGAAGCUGCUAUAGUGGCGACAAGUUAACUCCCUCAGCUCGGAAUGCAACUUUUGAGUUAAGUGAAGAAAAUAAAAAAUAAAGCACAGGAAACUUGGCAGUUUCUUCCUCCCUCCUCCUCCUCCUCCCCCCCCCCCAGCCCUUUAUUUAUUUCACCGGCCUUCUGUGCCUGUCAGUCUGUUGAAGGAGCACACUUCAUCCCUCUGUCCCCUCCCUGACGAUCUUUGUUUACAUCUCCGUUUGGACAAAAUGGACAAUGAAGAAGACGUGUACCGCAUUUUCCCUCUUCACCUCGCCAUGUUCAUUUUGUCUUGCCUUCGCCACUCGUCCUCACGAACCCUCUCACCCCCCCUCCGUACUAAUCAGCGGGUCAACGGAUCUGGAACAUCGUUCUCGGUGGGGCACAAUCAGCUGUGACACAUCCACCACUUUAAAAAAAAUGGCUCCUGAACUGGAAUACAAAAAAUAACUGAAUGGAAAGGAGAAAAAUCAAACUGCCUUAUCAGAGCCUCGGGAAGGAGACGGUAACACCUAUGCACACCCCUGGUUUCUGCCAGGCAGCCCAACAACAACAACAACAACAACAACAAUAACCAUUUUCUUCUUUCCUCAGAGAGCCACGCUUGUUUAAAAAAAAAAGUGUUGAUAGAAAUGUGUGUGGAAGGGGAGGGGCCUCUCGAAUCCAAUCCUAGAGCCAAACGUUUUGGAACUGUUAACUGUCGUCUUUGAAAAUAUAAAAAG